AAACUAAGAUAUACAACAACUAAAUAUUUAUACACAUCGCAAAAUGGCCAAAGACGCCCAAGUUAAAGAUGGCUCUGCAGCAGUGGAAGUACCCGCACUUGAAGUUGUAACAGUGGAGUACUGUCCAAAUUGUGGAAUGCCGUACGAUUUCUGUGAUUUUGGCGAUAAGUGGGAGACUGGAGAGUGCAGAACUGAAAGCGCACGCAGGUAUCCCGAAAUAUUUGGCUCACCUGAGGAUAUAGCGGAGCAAUUGCUUAAAAUAUCAGUAUCUCCGCCACCCGUACAACGUAAGAAGAAGCCAGAAGUAAGGCAGGAAAUAACAAUACAACGAAGUACGCGAUCUAAGCGUAAAAUAGUCACAACAAUAUCUGGUUUGCACUUGUUUGGUGUCAAACUAGAAGUAGCUGCCAAGAUGUUCGCAAAACAAUUUGCAUCCGGUGCUGGAGUAGUAAAGGGAGUGCCUGGUCAAAUGGACCAUAUAGAUUGCCAGGGCGAUGUCGAGGACCAAGUCAUCGAUUUGAUACUGGCACAGUACCCCGAAAUAACACAAGAAGUGAUAAUAAGGCUACCGUCAAAAGUAAAGUGAACUUUCAUGAAUUGUACAUAUGCCGAUAUGUUGCAAAAAUUAGAGCGAUCGCUGUUUGCGAUAGGACUGGACUUGAAAAACGAGAUUCAACGAGAUGGUGAUAAAAUUGCGCCCUUUACAUGCUGUUCAAUAUGGAAGUCCGCGCUAUCUUUGCGACAUGAAACCAUAAGCACCCGGGCCUCGGAAGUAGAGCUCUCGUUAAUUAACAUGAACACAUCGUCAGGUAAAACUAAAAUGUGAGACUGCCUGGGACAGUGUAAUCGACUCUUGCCCACAAGGUUAAAGCCAUCAUAAAAUAACUUCCGAUCGUCGGACUCAAUUACAACAAGGACCAUAACACCACGAGUAUUGACCAUAGGACCAAACCGAGAUGAUGGGCCUAUAUGCAUAAUCCCAUAACCAGCUCCACUAGGAUGGUUGAAGAGCGGAGUGCAACUGGCAUCACCAAAUUCAACACGGGAGUCAGAUGAGGCUUCCAUAGAUGAAGUGUCCAGUACUUGCACAACAGCGGAAUCACUAGCAUCAGAUGUCAACCUAGACAAGAGUGACUCGGAAGAAUCCUUAAUCCUGGUAGCCUCUUUGGGAUCACGAGUAAAUGAGAAGCGCUCAGUACUAUCUUUAGCUGCAGCCUAAAUUGGGAACUAUUAUGGAACUUACAUUUAGUACUAGCCUUAACUUGCGAUAGCCUGCCUUUACGAGCACCAGGAACCUUUUGUUGCCGAGGCUGCGAUGGUUUUUUAACAGGCUUAGUAAACGGCUCAGGGUCAUCAAUCACUUUUAUAGGGG